AAGUAAACGAUGGGGAAAAAGUAUUACUGUGAUUAUUGUGAUAAAUCCAUGGUAGCCACACAGUCUAUUAUAAGAACUCAUAUUAAAGGAGUGGUACAUCAGAAAUUGGUCAAUGAACAUUAUCAACAAUAUAAAGAUCCUGAAACAAUACUACAAGAAGAAAGUAUGAAAAAACCGUGUACAAGAUUUUCGAGGGGUGAAUGUAAAUUUGGUGGUAUAUGUAGAUACUCACAUUACACACAAGAACAAAUAAUGAACCUUAGAGCUUACAUGGCAACAAAAAGUAAAACCAUAGACAACAACCCACCAUCGUUUGAAGACCUUUAUAAAAAAUUACAAAAUGAUAAAAGCACAAAAUCUAGUAUGGAUGAUAAAAAUACAGUGAUUUAUGAUGAAAAUGGUGUCACUCAUGUUUUACCGUGGAGCUAUAAUCACAUAUUUGAUGCAUAUGGAAACAAUUUACCAGCAAGCAUAAAAAAAUUUAAAACAAGCGAUUUUUCUAAUGCAGUUAUUACAAACUGGGGUUGAAGAAUAUAAGGAAAAUUUUACAAUUUUCUUUAUGCGUUUCAUCAAAGGCGACGAUGGAUUCAACUUUAACGAGAAAUAUUUUGACAGUCCUGAACAAAAGUUGCCACAUAAUGAUGUGAAUAAUAAGUAUCUAUUAUUGAUUAGCUAUGAAGACAAAAGUAUCAAUGGCGGCGAUGUUAAACCAAUAGCACGUUUUCGCUAUGUUACUGAAACUAAAGAAAAUAUGGCAAAGAAUGAGAUAAUAAUGAGUCAACACAAAGCAAGAAUGGCGAAAAUUAUAAAUUUCAUGCAAGAUCAUUUGUUGACGACAAAAUAUUUAUACGAUGAAGUUAAAAGAAUCGAAAGAGAUAAUAAGAUCAAAGAUGAUCUCAGAGAAAUGGUAAGUUAUCUAGAGAGACCGCAAAAUCGUGAAGUCAAAAAAGUUGUGUUAAAUUUUUUUUACGAAAAUAAAAAUAAUAAGCCGAAGAAUAGUAUAUGGGAUCAAAAGACUAACGACUUAGUUAUUAACGUGAUAAAAGAUCCCUUUAAUGAUGGUACUAUAAAUUAAAAUGACGUAACUCUACCAUAUAGCCUAUUCCAAUCGAAGUAGGAAUCGAUAUAUACAAAUCUUAUACAUACAUAAGUUUUAUAUUUCUAGGCGAUUUGCUAAUUACGCAACUCAUUACAACAGUUCUUGAUUUAUAUGUAUUUAUUUAUAUAAUACAACACUAUUUCACUUAACUACUUUACUUAACGAGAAAUAAAUGUAAAAAACAUUAAGAAAAAGCUUGAUACAUAUUUUGCAAAUAUAAAAUAAUUAAUACAAUACAUGGAACACCUGUAUACGCUACACUAAACGAUGUUGCUCUAAGCUGGUUAAUGAAUAGUCACAGCGACAAUUUACUUCCGCUGUUUUAUGGAAAAUAAAAACACAAACAACUAAUUUUUAACAUUUGCUAUGUACCUGCCUUUUGUUGAUUUUUUGUUUCUUUUAUAUUUAUGUUAUAAUUAUUGUAUAGUUUUUAGUCUAAGUGUUGACAACGAAUUCCGAUGUUCGGAUAAAUCCAAUGGGGUUUUUGUUACAUCGUCGUCAAUAUAAAAAAUGUAUAUUCA